CACAGAUCAAAUUCCUAAGCAUUAUGUUGUUUAUAUGGGAAGUUCAUCACCAAAUUAUAGAAAUGGGGAUGAUUACCAAAUUUCUGAAUCAUCACAUUUGGAGCUAUUGUCUUCGGUUAUUCCAAGAGAAGAGAAGAAGAGGGUAUCUCUAAUCCACCAUUUCAGGCAUGCCAUGAGUGGGUUCUCUGCCAUGCUUACAGAAAGAGAAGCCUCUGCACUUUCUGGGUAUGAUGGAGUAGUGUCGGUGUUCCCAGAUCCAAUUUUGGAAUUGCAUACGACCCGAUCUUGGGAUUUCUUGGAAUCAGAUUUGGGGAUGAACAACAACACUAGUGCACAUUUCUCAACUAAGAGUGAUAUCAUUAUUGGGAUCAUUGACACUGGGAUAUGGCCAGAGUCUCCAAGUUUUAGAGAUGAGGGUAUAGGGAAGAUUCCUUCAACAUGGAAAGGAGUUUGCAUGGAGGGUCCUGAUUUCAAGAAAUCCAAUUGCAAUAGAAAAUUAAUAGGAGCAAGAUAUUAUAAUAAUAUCCAACUUACAUCAAGUGAUGGUAAGAACCUUACUCUUACAAAAGCAGUAACCAAAGGAUCCCCAAGAGAUUCAGUUGGACAUGGAACUCACACUUCAUCAAUAGCAGCUGGUUCCAUAGUCAACGAUGCUACCUACUUUGGUUUAGCAAAAGGAACAGCAAGAGGUGGUUCACCUUCUUCAAGAAUUGCUGCAUACAAAACAUGCUCUGAACAAGGCUGCUCUGGAGCCACCUUAUUGAAAGCCAUUGAUGAUGCUAUUAAGGAUGGUGUUGACAUAAUCUCUAUUUCCAUUGGUCUUAGCUCGCUUUUCCAGUCCGACUUUUCCAAGGAUCCGAUCGCCAUUGGAGCGUUUCAUGCCGAGCAAUUCGGGGUCAUGGUGGUUUGCUCGGCAGGGAACGAUGGCCCGGAUCCUUACACGGUUGUGAACGCAGCACCAUGGAUUUUUACAGUUGCAGCUUCAAAUAUUGAUAGGAACUUCCUGUCUACUAUUGUCCUUGGCAAUGGAAAAAUGUUUCAAGGUAUAGGCAUUAACUUCUCAAACCUCACAAGUUCAAAGAUGUAUCCUCUUGUCUUAGGGGAGGAAGUUGCCGCUAAAUUUGCCCCUGCAUCCGAAGCUAGGAAUUGUUAUCCUGGAUCACUAGAUUACAACAAAGUUGCAGGGAAGAUUGUUGUUUGUGUUAAUGAUGAUCCAACUAUUUCAAGGAGAAUCAAGAAGCUUGUUUUACAAGAUGCAAAAGCCAUGGGGAUGAUACUCAUUGAUGAGGAGAAAAAAGAUGUUCCAUUUGAUGCAGCUGUAUUUCCUUUUUCAGAGGUUACCAAUCUUGAAGGCCAGCAAAUCCUUUGGUAUAUAAACUCCACUAAGAAUCCAACUGCAACAAUUCUUGCAACAAGAGAAGUUACAAGAUACAAGCCCUCACCUAUUGUUGCAUCUUUCUCAUCUAGAGGUCCUUCAGUCCUAACUGAGAACAUUCUCAAGCCAGAUGUUAUGGCUCCAGGCGUUAGCAUUUUAGCUGCCAUGAUUCCCAAAAGUGAUGAACCAGGAAGUAUUCCAAUAGGGAAAAAACCCUCCUUAUUUGGCAUAAUGUCAGGUACAUCUAUGGCAUGCCCCCAUGUUACAGGUGCUGCUGCUUUUAUUAAAUCUGUUCAUAGAAUGUGGACUCCUUCUAUGAUCAAAUCAGCAUUGAUGACAACAGCUACAACAUACAAUAACUUGAGGAAGCAUGUGACCAAUAGCUCAAACUUGUUUUCCUCCCCACAUGAAAUGGGAGUUGGGGAAAUUGAUCCACUUAGAGCUCUCAACCCUGGCUUAGUCUUCAAAACGGAAUUAGAAGACUAUCUCAAAUUUCUUUGUUAUUAUGGCUAUUCAAAGAAAAACAUAAGAUCAAUGUCUAAGACUAACUUCAACUGCCCAAGGAACUCCUCUGAAGAUCUUAUAUCCAACAUCAAUUACCCAUCAAUAUCUAUAAAAACACUUGGUAGGCAUCAGAAAGCAAAAGUAGUAACAAGAACAGUCACAAAUGUGGGACCCACUAAUUCCACAUAUAUUGCAAAGGUGCAAGCACCAAAGGGAAUGGUUAUCAAGGUUACCCCCAAUAAGCUUGUGUUUUAUGGGGGUAUUCAAAAGAGAUCUUAUCAAGUCUCAUUCUACAACAAUGAUGCACAAAGUGGAUACAAUUUUGGGUCUAUAACUUGGCUUGAUGGUAAACAUUAUGUUCAUACAAUAUUUGCAGUCAAUACUAAAUGAAGAUAAACAUA